GAAAUUCUAAACUUUCAGUUUCAGCCUUCAGCGGCACGGACCUCGAUUUCUUUUUUUUUUUCUGUUCAUAUUAAUCGAAGGCUAAAAGAUAUUGUUAGAUGACAUGACAGACGAUAGAUUUUCUCAGCUGCCAAACAACAGAUAUUCACAGGCGUGUUGCAAAACAAUCAAUUUAGUGAAGUAGUUGAUGAUUUAUCUUAUUCCUCGAUGUUCUGUAACAUGGAUGUGGUGUUUUUCAAUCCAAUUUACAAACAAAGGUCUUCACAGCAGCACGAUGUACCAGUUUGUUGAUGGACGAGAAACUUUGAAAUCAAUAGUUGUCCAAGAUUCAAGCUCUCAAAAGAUUUAUAGCCCUUUAAACGUAGGUGAGAAGAAGGAGAGAAUCUGUGGCAUACCUCAAACAGAAUGUCAAAGCUUGAGGAUUGUCAUUGGGGAAAGAGUUGGACUGGCAUCUUGUAAUGAACUGGAUUUUGUGAGUAGCUACAGAGGACAUGGAUCACCUUGUCCGGUUCCAGAUCAGGCAACCACCACAUGCAAGCUCUUCAAUGUUCAUGCUGUCACUCAAUCUUCCCCUUCUACUAUACUCUCUUUCACCGAGAAAGCAUCUCAAACUUCUCAUGUUUCACGUGUAAUUGAUUCAGACCAACAGUCAUCCAAUGAACCGGAAGCUUCUAGGGUGCUUCAGAAUGUUCAUAUAUCAACACGACUAAUGGAGGAUUUUCUUGAACUAGCUAAGGAAAACACAAAAAAGGAUCUGGAAACCUGUGGUGUUCUUGGUGCUUUUCUUGAAAAGGGAACUUUCUAUGUAACCACUCUGAUAAUACCUAAACAGGAAGCAACUUCAAAUUCUUGUCAAGCUAUUAGUGAGGAGGAAAUUUUUGCCAUACAAAAUGAACGGUCCCUUUUUCCAGUGGGAUGGAUACAUACACACCCUUCUCAGAGUUGUUUCAUGUCAUCAAUAGAUCUCCAUACUCAAUACUCGUAUCAGGUAAUGGUGCCCGAGGCUUUUGCCAUCGUUGUGGCUCCUACCGAUAAUUCAAGGAGUUAUGGAAUAUUCCGAGUAUCUGAACCCAAUGGAAUGAGUCUCCUGAAAGAAUGCCAAGAGAAAGGAUCUCAAUUUCAUUCUCACGAAGAAACAGUAGAUGGGAGCCCCAUAUAUGAACGCUGCACUCAUGUCUACAAAAAUUCAAAUCUAAGGUUUGAAAUCUUUGACCUGCGCUGAGAUACAAAAAUGUACAUAAUAAAAUGGGUGCAACCUGCAUGCCACACUACAGGAUCUAGCUUAUUAGAAACGCUGCUUAACAAGUGUGCAUAUUACUGUCUUUGUAGUUGUAAUAAUGAUGAGAAUGAUCGUAUAAUGUGUUUUAAUAAAUUACAUUUUCAUUUGUUA